CUUCGUAUUUUAUUAUUUGUAACAAUACUGUUUAAUGAUGAUGAAUAUUCUUGACCAAUUAUUAUUGACUUCACAAAAAUAAAGUCGGCCUUAUAAUGUUUCAUUUGUUCAUUAUCGUUUUUAUUAGCUUCAGGUCAUGUACUGCUGAUCAUGUCUGUCCCCCGAAGACUCCCAGAUUUACUUCUACAUGCCCAUUACAUAAUAUAUUUUUAUUUCAGAUCGGUUUGGGCGUGUUCUUCAAGUUGAAAGACUCUGGUCCAAUAAGUGGUGCUAUGAACUUCUUGCCAAUCGUAUCUUUGAUAUUAGUUGUCUUCGGAUAUAGUGCAGGCGUUGGCUCCCUAGUCUGGGUGUUGACUGCAGAACUCUUCGAGGACUCCGCGCGAGGCAUCGGGAUCUGCCUCUCCAGCGUUCUCUCUUACAUCUCCUUAUUCCUCAUGACGAAGUAUUUUGAGCAAAUGGUCACAGCCAUCGGCCCUGCAGUAACCUACUGGAUCUUCAGCGUUAACGGUGUCAUUUUCACAUUGUUUAUCCUGUUUUGCAUUCCUGAGACGAAGGGGAAGAGUUUCUCCGAAAUCCAGAUUGCUCUGGGCGCUAAAGAUAGGAAUAUAGCAGAGGAAAAGACUAAAUGUUGAGCUAUUCGGCCUAAAUUUUUUGAGUUUCUUAGUAUCUAUCUUAGGAACCGCUUGCACAUGAUUAAAAUGCUACUGAAAUUAAUCGCGUGAAAUGAAGACACUGCAUAGUUGAUGUGUUUGACUGCGAGUUUGUUUCAAUAAGCGUACGGUUUUGCAAGCGAUUGCCAACAGAA